CAAUUUGAAUUACAAAGAUUACUACAUAGUACGUACUGUCUAAAAGGAAUGAUAAUAUAAGUCUUGAACUUUUUGGGCCUAAAGCAAGAUAGCUCAUUACUUGAUUAUAUAGAUCCUGAAAAACCUCUCAAGACAUAUAUAGACAUGGUAAACAACACAAAGAUCCUGAAAAACCUCUUUUAACAUAUAGACAGACAUAACAGUUGAAGAAAGAGAAGAAAAGAUCCAAACACACAGAGGAAAAAUGAAUAAACAUGGAAGAAGCAGAUGGAGUGGGAAGAAGGUGAUGUUUGGGGUGUUAAUAAUGGGAUUGUCCAUUACUGCUUAUGUAGCUGGUCCACCCCUCUAUUGGCACAUCUCUGAAUCUAUUUCUUCCUCCACUCAUUAUUCUUGCCCUUCUUGUCCUUGUGAUUGUUCUAAUGAUAAACCCCUUGACUCUUUUCCACAAGGUGUAAAUGUGAGUACUUUUACAGAUUGUAUGGAGCAUGAUCUGGGGGUGAGUGAGGGGGAGGAGCGAAACUUCACAGCUCUUUUGACAGAGGAAUUAAAGCAAAUGGAAGGUGAAACACUGGAAAACCAGAGAAGAGCAGACAUGGCACUACUCGAGGCAAAAAAGAUGGCGUCCUCAUAUCAAAAGGAGGCAGACAAAUGCACUUCAGGGAUGGGAACUUGUGAAGAAGCUAGAGAAAAAGCUGAAAUUGCUUUAGAAGCACAGAGACAAAUCACUGCUAUGUGGGAGCUCAGAGCACGGCAUCAAGGAUGGAAACAAGAGCUUGUUCAGGUCUAGUAAGUGUCUAGACAAGCUCUUAAUGAAGCAAGUAGACUGCCACUUUACUAGUUUUUGAUAGAUAAUAUUUGUACUCAGCUAGUGUGAACAUUUCCCUAACUUUGAUAACCAUAGAAAAAAAGAAAGUCAAGCUCCAAUGCGGGUACCGGACACCGGAUGGGAAAUCAAGAAAAAAAAAGUCAUUUUCUCAAGGUGAGAAACAAUCUGAUAGCCAAGAACUUUAAACAUCUCGUUCUA